AUGAAUACGUCCCAGACAAACAACCUGUUGAGACGUCUCGAAGAAGCCGAGCGGCGCGCUGACGAGGCCGAGAAUCGAGAGCGCGAUGAGAAGCGACGUGCUGAUGAAGCCGAACGUGAACAACGCGAUGAGAAGCAACCCAGCCACUUUGCCGUCGAGACCGACAAGGAGCUCACCUCGAAGGGCCCCAUCACAAACCCGCGCAACAAGCUGUGUCCAAAGAAUCUAUGCCCAUGGCCCGACUUUCUCGAGCAGCAGCGAACCACUCUAGGGGCCCUCUACGGCACCUUCCCGGUCUCCGAUCGGCGUUUCGAAUCUCGGGGCUUUUUGACAGGCCUCGGCCAGCGAAUUGCCAAGCGACCGAUAUCUUGCGAAAAGACGCUCGAAUAUUUCCUGCACAACAGCGUCGAAGAUCCAGUGCGAGAGAUUUUCGAUCAAUUGCGGAACGUGGACCAAGUGCGGCACGAGUUUGGGAUCGGUAACGGCAUUGUCUUUGAGAACCACCCCAAUGUGAUCAGCGAUGUUGCGGAGGAGACGCCCGAUCAAGGGAAAGAUCCGGGACGCAUCCGCCCCGACCAGAUAUGCGUAUACCGGUUUGACGACGAGCUCUCCACACGGCGUACCAUGCUGUAUAUGUCCGAAUACAAGGCCCCGCACAAGCUGACCGCUCCACACCUGCGCGUCGGUCUGCAUCCCAUGGAUAUCUUCAAAGACGUGGUCAAUCGGAAAACAAUACCUACCGCGGCCGAUCCCGACGGUCGAUUCCAGUACCAUGCCGAGAGGCUCACCGCUGCGGCCAUCACGCAGACCUACAACUAUAUGAUCGAGGGGGGUCUCGAGUACGGGUCGCUGACUACCGGCGAAACCAUUGUAUUCUUGCGAGUAGACUGGCGAGAACCCGGCACAAUCUUGUACCAUUUAGCAGAGCCCGCUUUUGAGGUGGUAGCGCAAUCGGGGGAACACCACGCUUGCACCGCAGUUGGCCAGUACCUGGCAUUCAGCCUGCUAGCUCUCGGCCCGCCAGGGAACCCACCCACUGUUCGAUCGCAGGAUGAGCGGCAGUGUGUGAUCUUGGGGCUGAGGCGAUGGGCAGAGGACUUUGAGACGACAUUGCGAUCUAUUCCCCGAGACGAGCGAUACGCUCCGAGCGGCUCAAGCUCAGGCUCGCUAUAUGCGCCGACGACUUAUGCAGGCAUCAGCCGGUCACCGCGCGAAGAGGACCGUCCAGAUAUGCAGCCAAGAUUCAAGGACCGGGACGACGAGUCUUUGUCGGAUGAGUCCUCGCCUCGGAUGCCGGACACCCCGACACCGUCUGAGCCGCGGUCGAGUAGUCAGAGCCAAGGCCCACGGCGCAGCCAGCGCAUUCAGGGCCGAGCGCCGCGCGGGGAAGCUUCACAAGAGCGACAGUACUGCACAUGGCGAUGUCUUCUAGGACUGGUCAGAAAAGGUCGCCUUGACGCAAAGUGUCCCAACGUUCUCUUGCACCGGCAGGCUAGCCUUGCAGCUGCUGAUCAUCUGAUCGACCGUGAGGAGUUCCUCCGGCUCCUGUUUCAGCAGCUGCAGGAGUCUCUUGACCACGGGAUCAGUCGUCUAGAUGUGGGCGGAUCUCGCGGCGUGCUGUUCAAAGUCGGUCUGAUGGCCUACGGCUACACUUUCGUCGCCAAGGGCACGGUAUCUGCGUUCAUUCGGGACCUAGAACACGAAACAGCCAUCUACAAACACCUCGAAGGACUUCAGGGGUCGAUCUAUUACUACGACCAUCGGGUCUACAUCGAAUAUCUGUUGCUUCUCUCGCAUGGCAGUCCGAUUGACGAAGCGGUUCGUGCUGGUGAGGUCAAACGGUGUCUGCGGGCGACACAUCGGGCGUGCGUGGUACAUCGGGAUGUGCGUCGUACCAAUGUGCUACGCAAUACCGACACCGGGGAGCUCAUGCUGAUUGACUUUGAGCGUUCUGUCGUCAAGGCAGGACGGAAGCCGCUGGGCAAUAUCGUGCCUAACAAGCGAUCCAAGUGGGACUGUUCUCCUCGGGUCGAUCAGUCUAGAGAGCACAACCAGCAAUAA